GUUUCCUGCAGAUUUUCAGCUAAGUGCUGCAAUGGAGCCGAGCUGGAGCUUUUUAUUUCAGACAAAUGACACUCUCCACCACCAACACCAGAUUGGGCAGAACAGCCUGCUGCCUCUGCUUAAUGCUGCAACUGAACCCCAAGACCAAAAGCCUGUGCUUCCAAUCCCACUGGAGCAGAAGCCACCAGUCAGUGCGGCCGAGCUCCUUAAGCACAGUAUGGGCGGUGGGGUGGAUGGUGGUGGAGGAGGAGGUGGGGGCGGUCUGGUCGUGGUUAAGAAGGAGCCCAAGUCCAAAACACCCUUCAUCUGUGGCUACUGCAACAAGUCGUUUCGUGACAGCUAUCACCUACGACGACACGAGUCAUGCCACACAGGAAUCAAGAUGGUAUCCCGGACGAAGAAGACUCAAGCAGCACCCACUAUGGUGCCCAUGAUCUCCACUGUGCAACAACGAGACAGCAACGGCAACCCCAUCUACGUCUCUGCUGCAGGAAUCCUGUCAACGUGCACCACGUCUGCCUCUGUGCCAGUGUGCACGAUGUCUAUUCUGCCCCAGCAGCAGCAACCCGCUGUGCCCAAAAAGCCGCCCAAGCCAGUUAAAAAGAACCACGGGUGUGAUAUGUGUGGCAAAGCCUUUCGUGACGUCUACCACCUGAACCGACACAAGCUGUCGCACUCGGACGAGAAGCCUUUUGAGUGCCCCAUCUGCCACCAGCGCUUCAAGAGAAAGGAUCGCAUGACCUACCACGUACGCUCGCAUGAUGGUGGUGUCCACAAGCCCUAUAUUUGCUCUGUCUGUGGAAAGGGCUUCUCCAGGCCCGAUCAUCUCAGCUGUCAUGUUAAGCAUGUCCACUCCACAGAGAGGCCUUUUAAAUGCCAAGUAACGGCCUGCACAUCUGCUUUUGCCACCAAAGACCGGCUGCGCUCACACAUGAUCCGGCACGAGGGGAAAGUCACCUGCAACAUCUGCGGCAAGAUGCUGAGUGCAGCCUACAUAACCAGCCACUUAAAGACACACAGCCAAGCCGGCUUCAGCUCACCCUGUAACAAAGGUACGGCAGUCCUCGCCCCUAACUCCUCCUCCUCCUCCUCCUCUACCACCUCUACUACGUCUUCCUGGUCUCCACUCAACCAGGCCGUGCCAAACCAGGACGGCAUGAACUCAGACACUAACAACUCAUGUAACUCUGCUUCAGCUACGCCGGUCACUAACGUGGCUACUGCCAGCAUGAACCGUGGAACAGUCAGCAAUCCAGUUACCAUUUCUACCAGUUACCCAGUCACCCUCACUGCUCCAGUCAACAUCGCCUCGCUCAACAUACCUGCCACGGCAUCAGCCAUGAACAUCGCCCACCCGGUGGCCAUCAGCACGCCCAUGGCCAUGAACAUCACGGGCCCGCUCAACAUCGCCAUGCGGCCCAUGGAGAGUAUGCCCUUUCUCUCACAGGUCCUGCCUUCCUCCCCUCCCUGGUAGAUCCCGAAUGGCCAGUUGGUACAUGUCUGGACUCCUCGUGUCUUAUUUUAAAUCCUGGUCCGGUCUUCCAUCAGUAGCACGGCUUAAAAAAAGGGCAUGCAAGUACAUGAGGUAGAAGCUCAAAGACUCGUGGAUAGACGUAGUGGCAGCAGAUAAUAGAAAGUAAAGAUCUUGGUAGUUCCUAUUAGGUGAUGCUCUGUUAUCCUUUUUGGUAACGGAGCAGAUCCAGAACUUUCUAGAGUUUAGUAAAAUAGCUUACAGGAAGGUGGAAAGAAGUAGAAAAUGCAUAGAGCGAAGGUCUGACAACAUACGUUAGGUGAUUUCACUUUGCCAGUGCCAGAAAAUCUGUGCCAGUGGCCAUUUGGAGAGAAGCAGAUUGCUUAAUAAAAUAGCGUGUGGGACUGAUAUUAACGGAAUUAUGAACUGUGAUUUUUUUUUCCUUUUUUUAUAUAUAUAUAUUAAGCUUGCUUAUCAGUAUUUCCCUAGUUUAUUGCAUUGAGUUGUGUACU